CCUUUUGUCCACCCUACUCUUCCCCUCCAUUUCUCUCUUCCUCUCUCAUCUCUCAUCUCUCUCGCUCUAAUAAACUCCCCUGUUUUCAGGUUGAUUUUGAUUCGGAGGUUCAGAUUGAGAUUGUUUCAUCUAGAUUUUGAUUGUUGUCGUGAGGCGCAAGAGCGCAAUCUGAAAUGUCUUUCAGAUUUUUCCUCAUUUUUCCAGAAAAAUCCAAGGUUGAAGAAGGAGAGUGGGAAAAGGAGAGAUAAUCGACGAUAAUUUUCGUCUUCACCAAGAAUUUUUCUUGCUGUUAGUGUUUGCGUAAAUAUAUAUGCAAGUGUGUUUAUAUCUGGAGACUGGAGGAAAUUGUUAGCUUAUCGGACUUAUCUGCUUCUUCUGGAAUGUCUGCUACGAUGAUGAUGCCUGCGACGGAAUCACAGUCAGUGGCGGCGAAUCUGAAUGCUCCGACGAUGGAAGUAGAGUUUGCCGAGUGCGAUUGUUGUGGAUUGACGGAGGAGUGUACGCCGGCGUACAUGGAGAGAAUUCGAGAAAGGUAUCAAGGGAAAUGGAUCUGCGGUUUAUGUGGAGAGGCGGUGAAAGACGAAAUAGUGAGAAGCGAACGGCUGAUCACCACCGAGGAAGCGAUGACGCGUCACAUGACGUUUUGUAGGGCGUCGAAGUCAUCUGGUCCGCCGCCUAAUCCGGCGGUUCAUUUAAUCGCCGCCAUGAGACAGAUUCUCCGGCGAAGUUUGGAUUCACCUAGAUCCUUGAGGUCUAUGCCUAGUAGUCCGACGAAGAACACCGGCGCCGGCGCCGGCGCACUUGCUCGAUCGGAGAGCUGUAUGCCGACUCUAACGCUUGCUGUUGUUGAUUCAUCUCCGUAUGAUGAACUCGAAGCACCUGAAGAAUGAUGAACAACACAGAAGAACAAAAAUGGCGAUGAACAAUUGUAAGUUUGAUUCCUUGAUCCCUCCAAAACGGAUUUGGGAAAACUAGAUGCUUAAUUUAGAUGAGACAGUUAUUGUAUCUAAACUCAUUAUAAUUACUAGUAAACAACCAUGUUUUCAUCUUGA